CAUUUCCAGAUCACUAUUUGGUAGAAAGCGGGAUAGGUGGGACUCGGCCAUAGGAUUUGGGUUGUGUAUGCAAACGGAGCCAGAGGAAAAGCGAGAUGGGAUCAAUUUAGAUGUACAAUUCAUCGGUCUGAACUGCCACAUUAAGUGUUCCUGCCCUGGAGGGGAGUGAUCCUCCCACCUGGGGCCACCACCUGCAUGCUGUCCUUCUUUCUCCUGAUUACCUAGUAGAGACAUUGUCACCCUAGUCUGGCAGCCUGGCUGCUUACCUACAUGUAUAUCAAUGAAGACCCCAUUUGGGAAGAGGCCAGGCCAGCGCCCCAGAGCUGAUGGGGGCAAUAUUGGGGUAUCUACAAAUAUGAUGAAGAAGAAAAAUUCCCACAAGAAGCAAAAGAAUAAUGUUGGGCCAAGCAAGCCUAUUGCCCAACCCAGACGAAACAUAGUGGGUUGCAGGAUAACACACCAGUGGAAGGAAGACUCCAAGGUUUCCCAGUGGAAAGGAACAGUUCUCGACCAAGUCCCUGUUAACCCCUCUCUCUACCUGAUCAAGUAUGAUGGAUUUGACUGCAUCUAUGGACUUGAGCUUCACAAAGAUGAGAGGGUGCAAGGCCUGGAGGUUUUACCAGACCGAGUUGCUCCAGCUCGUGUCAGCGAUUCCCAGCUAGCAGAAACCAUGAUAGGCAAAGCAGUGGAGCACAUGUUUGAGCAAGAUGAAGGACCAAAGGAGGAGUGGAGGGGCAUGGUGCUAGCACAGGCUCCCAUUAUGAACACAUGGUUCUACAUCACUUACGAAAAGGACCCUGUUUUGUACAUGUACCAGCUCUUGGAUGACUACAAAGAGGGGGAUCUCCGGAUAAUGCCUGAUUCAAAUGACUCGCCUCCAGCAGAGAGAGAGCCUGGAGAAGUGGUGGAUAGCCUUGUUGGCAAACAAGUGGAGUAUGCCAAAGAGGAUGGCGGCAAAAGGACUGGCAUGGUUAUCCAUCAGGUUGAAGCCAAACCCUCUGUUUAUUUCAUCAAGUUUGAUGACGACUUUCACAUCUACGUCUACGAUUUAGUAAAAACGUCUUAGGGUAAUAGGCAUUGAGAAAAUCAUUGAUUCACAGACCUUGGCAAAUGUUCUGACACUUUCUUUGAAACAACAUACAUUUCCAUUCAAAAUGGACAAUUCCUUCACAGGCUGCAAAUGUGGAACUUGUCGUUUCCUGUGUCACUGCUUCCAAUGCGAAAUCUUUCAGUGUACUUUGUUUCUAAAAGAAGGGAGACCUCUGCAGAUUUCGGCAUGUCUGAACAUUUACACUGUUCAAUUGGGCCAGACGCCAUGUGCGACAUGGUUUAUGAAUGUAAAAUGCUGGGGGGGGGGAAAUCAUUGCGCUGGUAAUAUAGGUCAGAUCUUUUUAACUGUUUUGGUUAGAAGCAAGCUGUUUUCACUGUAUUAAUGGUGCAAGCAUGACGCUAACUAAUCUGCACUCUGGAAACAAUGUUACAGUGACACUUUAUCAUUACAGCAAUUAUUAAAAAAAUAUAUAUAUUGGAUUAUAAUUCUUUCGCACAGUGCUCCCAAAUUAAAACUCCAGGUCGCACAGCAAAAUAUUUAACUGCAUACCUUAGAACCCUGCUUGCAGCAUUUUGAAUUUUAACUAAUUCUCACCUAAAAUAACCAUGUCAUGGUUCUUUUACGUGGGAAUUGUUGUAUUGUUAACACAUGUUUAAAUUGUUCACCUUGUGUUACUGAAGCAUAUGUCACUGUUGUCCUAAGCAGCUCUUCUGAUGCUGCUGCAGGUUUACUUACCGCUACUACAGUCACUCUUGUGUACAAAGAUCAGCUCCUGCUAACCUCAAUGUAGUAUUAUUGAUAAGACAUCUUGAAGGUCUGCAACAGGUCUCUGAACCAUGUGCACCUGGAUAUACGUUUGGUCAAAAUGCUAGAUCCUUGAUGGCCCCUUCAUGAUUUCCAAGGUGUGGAAAUCAUCAUGCUGCCAAUGGCUGUGGGAGCCAUCAAGGCGUUUAACAUUUGACAUUACUGUUGUACUGUAUUGUGUGCAAUGUCAGUUCCACUUCUGAAAAGCAGACUUGUGUUUUCAUGUUUAUAGCUAAAUGUAAGUUGAUGUGAGUUGCAUGUCAGUUUGUUCUUUUCAAGGUUAUGAGCUUAUGUAAAUUGUGACAUUUUAUUUUGUUGUUUUUGUACCAUGCAUUACAGAAACCAGUUGACUGAUAAUGCUAAGUGAGUGCCAACUAAUGGUGCCAGUGUUGUACAGCGUUUAAUGGGUAACAUUUCUAAAUAAAUCAGUUGUCUGUUUUUUGUUUUUGAUUUUUCCACAAAAACAUGGCUUAUUUGUAUGUAUCAACAAAGAGCUUGCCUUAUUUGAUUGGGAGAAAUGUGUGUGCAUGUAAGGAUGAAGCAGAAUAUUCAUAUUCAUAUUCAGUCACAGUGGUUGUAUGUCAAAAUAGGACUAACAUAUUUUGAGUUGAAAUGGAAGAGAAUUUAGAUAUAGCUAAGGGACAGUAGUGAAGUCCUAUUUAUACAUCAAUAUAGAGGUAAAAUGUGUUCUCAAAGGCAUUGUGUGUUCUACAUUCAGUUAAUAUACCUAAUGCAUUAUUUUUGAAUAAUGAAAAUGGUUACAGUUUGUCAUUUGGCACAAACACUUUAAUGUUACAUAAUUCUGUAAGGACAUUUUAUAAUUAAAGACUACUCUGAAUAUUAAAACAA